GAGGCCUCAGCAGCCUGCUGUGCUUGUAGUCCCUGUCUGGCUGGUGUAACGCUGCUGUGCUUGUGGUCUGUGUCUGGCUGGUGUAACGCUGCUGUGCUUGUAGUCCCUGUCUGGCUGGUGUAACGCUGCUGUGCUUGUGGUCCCUGUCUGGCUGGUGUAACGCUGCUGUGCUUGUAGCCCCUGUCUGGCUGGUGUAACGCUGCUGUGCUUGUAGCCCCUGUCUGGCUGGUGUAACGCUGCUGUGCUUGUAGUUCCUGUCUGGUUGGUGUAACGCUGCUGUGCUUGUAGUCCCUGUCUGGCUGGUGUAACGCUGCUGUGCUUGUAGCCCCUGUCUGGCUGGUGUAACGCUGCUGUGCUUGUAGUCACUGUCUGGCUGGUGUAACGCUGCUGUGCUUGUAGUCCCUGUCUGGCUGGUGUAACGCUGCUGUGCUUGUAGUCACUGUCUGGCUGGUGUAACGCUGCUGUGCUUGUAGUCACUGUCUGGCUGGUGUAACGCUGCUGUGCUUGUAGUCACUGUCUGGCUGGUGUAACGCUGCUGUGCUUGUAGUCACUGUCUGGCUGGUGUAACGCUGCUGUGCUUGUAGUCACUGUCUGGCUGGUGUAACGCUGCUGUGCUUGUGGUCCCUGUCUGGCUGGUGUAACGCUGCUGUGCUUGUAGCCCCUGUCUGGCUGGUGUAACGCUGCUGUGCUUGUAGCCCCUGUCUGGCUGGUGUAACGCUGCUGUGCUUGUAGUUCCUGUCUGGUUGGUGUAACGCUGCUGUGCUUGUAGUCCCUGUCUGGCUGGUGUAACGCUGCUGUGCUUGUAGCCCCUGUCUGGCUGGUGUAACGCUGCUGUGCUUGUAGUCACUGUCUGGCUGGUGUAACGCUGCUGUGCUUGUAGUCCCUGUCUGGCUGGUGUAACGCUGCUGUGCUUGUAGUCACUGUCUGGCUGGUGUAACGCUGCUGUGCUUGUAGUCACUGUCUGGCUGGUGUAACGCUGCUGUGCUUGUAGUCACUGUCUGGCUGGUGUAACGCUGCUGUGCUUGUAGUCACUGUCUGGCUGGUGUAACGCUGCUGUGCUUGUAGUCCCUGUCUGGCUGGUGUAACGCCGCUGUGCUUGUGGUCUGUGUCUGGCUGGUGUAACGCUGCUGUGCUUGUAGUCCCUGUCUGGCUGGUGUAACGCUGCUGUGCUUGUGGUCUGUGUCUGGCUGGUGUAACGCUGCUGUGCUUGUAGUCCCUGUCUGGCUGGUGUAACGCUGCUGUGCUUGUAGUCCCUGUCUGGCUGGUGUAACGCUGCUGUGCUUGUGGUCUGUGUCUGGCUGGUGUAACGCUGCUGUGCUUGUAGUCCCUGUCUGGCUGGUGUAACGCUGCUGUGCUUGUAGUCCCUGUCUGGCUGGUGUAACGCUGCUGUGCCGUGUCGCUGUGAGAAGGCCGCUACUCUAUCAUUCACAUUCCUCUGUGACAACCAAAACGUUGUUCUCGUUGUUGUUUGUGUUGUGUGUCUGUGGGAUUUCCCCUUUCCCCAGGGGAAUAGGGAUGGUGAAGUCAUUAGAGGACCGACUGAGGAGGAAGGGUGCAAAUGGCCCUGUGCAGUCGUCCUACCGUGCAGUACGUGUCCUCCCUGUGUGAGCUGCCCCAGGCCCUGCAGCCCUACUACACCCAGGGCUACGUCCUGACAGCCCUGCAUCCCAUCAUCCUCUCCGUCGGACGCACGCGCUCGCUGCCCUUCAGCCUGCUGUAUCGGGCCAUCCUGGCACGACCUCGGCCCAGUAAGCAUGCAGUGUCCAUGUGCCACAGUGUCCCAGUGCUGAGAGUGGAGGAGUGGCCUCUCCCAGGAGAGUCUCUGACGGGAGACAUUGUGAGGGCGCUUAUCGACAGGGUCAACAGCAGCGCACGUGGCGGGGUGAGGUUUGUGGGCUCGGUUCUCCAGCAGGCUGGAGGAGGAGGGGGCAGCAACGGCCGGGUGCCCAGUCCCAGGAGGGGCUGCCGUUCCCCCCCGCGCUCCCCUCCGCGCACCCCCCCUGGAGACGGAGACCUGGAGGAGAACACCUACAGCCCUGACCUAAGGUUGCUGGUGUUCUUCCAUUCCUGGGCACCAGGCUGCGCCCCGCUGGACUCCCUGGCCUGUCAGUACCACCAGGGGGCACUUUCCAUGCGCGUCUCCAGGAAGGGCCAGGUGGUCAGCGCGCUGGAGGCUGAUUGGCUGGAGCUAACCGCCGCUUACUACCGCAAGGGCUGGUCAUUGGUGGACUCUUUUGUUUACUGGGACACACCCAGAGGUGACCCAGUGCCCAGGUCUCUAGAGGGUCUGUUUGUCUAUGAGGAGAGGAGCACUUCACCUCCAGCCAAUGACACCAUCGUCGUGGAGCAGUGGACUGUGAUAGAGGGUUCCAAUGUGAAGACUGACUAUGGACCCCUCCUUCACACUCUCGCUGAGUUUGGCUGGCUUCUUACCUGUGUGCUUCCCACUCCUAUCAUCCACCAUGACAGUGAUGGUAACCUGGCCACCAAGCAGGUGGUGUUCCUGCAGAGACCCGUCAAGAUGCAGGCAGCUUCCCAGAAGGACCAGGAUGCCACAGCCUCCAUGCAGCGUGAUGUUUCCACGAGAUCUGUGAGUCGUGGGGUGGGCAGCCCCGCUCCAGAGGAGCUCUCCCCUACAUCAGGGGGUAUUGGGGGCUUCCCUGUGUUCGGAGGAGGCUAUCCCAGCGCCCUCUCCCACCUGGAAGAGGGGGGCUUUGAACAAGACGAUGGCGCAGCAGAGGUUACCUGUAUGUGAUCAGAGCAGAGAGAGACACCGACAGAAACUGUAAACACACACACACUUACUGUACACCCACAUCCUUCUAACCCUUUCCCCAUAACCAGGAAUAUAGAGUAGAGGAAAAUAAUUGGCACUUUUGUAAUGUUUAUUCUUUUUAUAUAUUUUUUUUCAAGCCAUACAGUAUUUAUCACAUGAUUUUAAGACCACAUUUUAUACAAGUUCUUGGGGAAAAACAAGCAAUAUGCAUUCACUACCAUAUAGAUAUUUGACUUCACCUUGUUCGCAUUCAUGUAUGACACUUUAGUAAGGGGAUGGUUCUAAAAGAGAAUGUCACGCUCAUCAUGCGUCUUUCACAUGACGACAAACACACACACAUAUGACUGUCACCUCCGCAAAACACGCCGCAUGUGACGGGGAUCAGAGGAACCAGGAAGAGCUACGCACACUGACGGCCCUCGCUACUUCCUGUCACCCAUCAGUCCUCCUCUGAGAUGUUUUCAUCCGCUUUUCCUGUUGUGUGACCCACCCGCUGCCACUUGCACCUCGGUUCAUCCCCUCAUCCUUUGUUGGCCUAAUACUUCCUGUUAGCUGUAUCUCUCCUGUAAACACAUGCAGGAUAUAAACAUUUAUCAGGGGUAAAUAUAAACAUUUAUCAUUAUUUGUACAAUAGGAUGAGUUUUGAUGUUUUUCUAUAGGGUGUGUGAGUUCUCCAAGGCCCCAGGGUGGCUUUGAAUUUUAUAAACAUCCACUUGAACCAUGAGAUUGAGUUAGUUCAACUUCAGUUCAGGUUGUGUAAAAUUGAUCAUGGGAUAAAACAUUUGACAAAAAAGCCACAUUUUAGACAAUUUGUACACUACUGGUGCUGGAGGCCGUUCUCCAUACUCACCUGUUAAUGAUGUAAUUAUGUUUAUUUCAUCAGUUGGGUUCAAACUGUGCACAUUCUUAUGUUAUGGAAUUAUUUGUUCACUUGUUUCACUGUUCAGUGGUAUAAGUCUCAAAUUAUUGACAUUUUUUAAGAUCUGACUCCAGGACACGAGACAGUUUUUAGUGUAAUGGUAAUAGAGGGAAUGAAGGCUUGACAAGAGAUUGUCAUGCUGCUGUAAAUAUCUUUAUAGGUUAACAAAAGUAUUAUUGUUCGUGGGAACCUUUGUAGUUCUACAUGUUUUUAUUGAUCUCCCUCGCCUUGGGAUGAGUAAAUCAGUGUUAUCUACCUUUUGCAGUGUUUUCAGUUUUGGGAAAUGUUUUCUUCCUGUACUAUUGAUAUAUUAAAUAGUUUUACCCUUUUAGCCA